AUGUCUCACCUCCAGUACUACGCCUACGAGGGCGUUGGUGUUCGGAACAAAGAGACUUUCAAAUACAGCCAAGCAGUUCGCGUUGGAGACAAAAUCGAAUGCGCAGGACAAGGCGGAUGGGAUCCAAAGACUGGAGAGUUUUUCAAAGAGAUUAACGAGCAAAUCGACCAAGCUUUUCGAAACGUCGAGCUCAAUUUGAUCGACGCUGGAGGGAAGGGCUGGAGCCAAGUCUACCGGGUUGUCUCUUACCACGUUCCAAUUAAUAACGAGGCGCUGGCAGCAAUGGUCAGGAACUUCAAGAAGUAUAUGCCGGAUCACGAGCCGAUCUGGACUUGCGUUGGCGUAACUCGCCUCGGGGAGGACGACAUGCGUGUAGAAAUCGAAGUUGUAGCACAUGAUCCGAAAUAG